GGGACGCACACGUGGUCGCUCCGAGUCGCGUACGCUGUGCGCCUGGCUCAUCUGCGCCGGCCGAAUCAAAGUGUGGGCGUAGCAGAGAUGCAGCGGCUGGCGGCGUUGACGGCGCUGGUGUGGGUGGUCGCCACGUGCUGCAGUGCUGCCAACGUGGUGACAGUGAGGCAGCCCGACGCCGACUGCGUUCCGGUCGAGGAAAUCGCGACGGCGGUGGAGGCGCAGGACAGUAGCGAAGAGCACCAGCCGACACCCCCCGUGCUGUUGGCCAACGUGAUCCGCGCGCGGCCUCGCUGCCCCCCGGGCUCCACGUGGAUCAAGGGCCGAUGCCGCCGUGUCGUGAGGUGCAAGCCUGCCGGGUCCGGGGUCGCGACCACUGCUCUGCAAACCGAUAGGAACAGCGCCAAGCCAAGGCGGUAGAACCUACAUGGAGUUUGGAGAUGUGCUGUUAGAUAUAUAAUCCGUAAACUUCAUGGAAAAUUAAUUUACGUAGCUUUUAAGAUAACUAUGUAACGCUGUCAUUAGUCUUUGUCGAUGUUUUAAUAAAUACUAACAGAAACACA